AUGGAACCCUCUGACCCGAAAGAUCAGAUCCCCUGUCUCGCAUCCGGCGAUCGAGGAGCAUGGUCUCUAGGAUCGAAGUUCAUCCUUAAAGAUCGAAACUCGAACCCACCAGUCCAUGAGGCAGCGACUACAACCUUCGUCAAAGAAAACACCAUAAUCCCAGUACCUGGUAUAGCGAAAGAAUGGACAGACGGUACUCGGCAUUUUAUACUCGCAGAGCGAGUUCCUGGUGAAACUCUCGAGAAAGUAUGGUCAAAGAUAACAGAGGAAAAGAGAGAAGAACUUGCUAAGGAGACUGCGGAAUACAUUUCUCAACUGAGACAGUUUCACUCGCCGAAGAUACAGAGCGUUAAUCGCCAGCCGCUACAUAAUGCGUUCCUUCUUGGCGGGGAUUCAUAUACAGUUCAUGGUCCCUUCUCGACGCAGGAUGAGCUGUGGGAUACGAUGGUUGCGAAUUUCAAGGAUGUACCAGAUGAGGUUGCUGCGCUUUGGAAGGAGAGGAUGCCCUCCCCUUUACCCUGGACACUUGCGCACGCCGAUCUCACGAAUUGCAAUAUUAUGGUUGAUCCGGAGACGUUCAAGCUUACUGGGAUUAUUGAUUGGGAGACGUCUGGUUAUUUUCCUGUUUGGUGGGAGUAUGUUGGUGCGAUGUUUGGGUUCGGCUCGAAUGAUGCAGAGUGGAAAGGUCUGUUGCGGAAAUAUAUGCCGGAUUAUUCUGGAGCUUUGGGUUGGUUUCGCGAUAUUUAUCAUCUCAGCCACGGUUUUUGA